AUGGGGUUAGAUGAUUAUGAAGAGUUCAUUGACAAAUUCAAGGGUCUUAAGUUAUGGUGGUCUCCUAGGAAGAUUGGUCCCUCUACAGUCUCCUAUUAUCCUCCCAAUGACCACGAGAGGUUCUUCAUGCUCACUGGCCAUCUGCGACACCGCGAUGUCGUGAAAGGUCCUCAAUUAAAACACGUCCUGGGUGAGGGGAAGGACCUUGCCCAUGGAGCCGGCAACAAAGCAGGAGAUUAUCAGGGACCUCGCAUGUUCACCGAGGUGAAGGACUACUACGCAAGCAUCCGGAAGGCGUGGAAGCAGGGGUACGUCCUCCAACGCAGCCCCGCCCCCCCGGGGGGACGGACAAGUCUACGAUGGCGCGACAAUGGUCAAUCUCCAGGGCUACUGCACGACUUCGAGCUCAUGAUGGCGAAGGGCAACGCGGAGCUGAGGAGGCUCCUGAUGAACACGGCAUGCAAGUCGAUCAUCGUGGUCGAGGACAUCAACUCCCUGCUCGACCUGAUGGGGCAGCGAAUGGCACAAAGCAAAGAUGAAGCCAACAAGGAGUUAAAGGAUGGUGGGAUUAGUGAUGGAAGCAGGGUCACACUCUCAGAGCUCUUGAACAUGAUUGAUGGGAUAUGGUCAGGCAGUGAGGGAGAGAAGAUCAUUGUGUUCACCCCCAACAUUGUGGACAACCUUAACCCCGCACUGAUCAGCGGAGGAGGAUGGACAAGCACAUGGUCAUGUCGUAUUGCAGCAGGUUUGAGGCCUUCAAGGUUCUUGCCUGGAACUGCUGGGGUCUCCGAGAUCUCAGGCUCUUUGCCAACGUCGAGGGCUUGUUGGAGGAGGUCAACAUGA